UUAAAGUGGCGAGCACAACAUGUAGGCGUGGUGAAAGUUAGUGACGGAAACAUCGACAACUCAAUGGGGAGAUCAUGUCAUGAAGGAAGAAGAAAAGCAGAAAGGAUUGCGACAAUAUGGGGUGACGAAGGAACAUGCCAAAGCUUGGCUGAUUUCAAAAGUCAAGCCUAUACAUCAUAUGAGUUCCUCGUCUCCUUCCUUAUUUCAGUUACACAUAUUAAUAGGGUUUUCAGUAAAUUCUUGUCUGUUUAUAUAUAACUAUAACAUAAUAGGUCUACCUCAUUGUCAUAUAACUUGGGC